AUGUCCUUCUCUGCCACCAAUUUGGCCCAGCCCCUCCAACUCAACACCGCCACCCCCAGAUCCAAUGACAAGCCCUCCUUGUUGUUGCCCAAGACCUCAUCUUUUCUCGGAUCUACCCGCAACUUCCGACCCACUUCCCUAUCUGCUAACCCCAGUCACUCGAAUACCCACCGUCGAUCCGCUGUCGUUGCUGUCUCCGAAGCUGUGAAGGAGAAGAAGCUCCAUGCAUCCACCAAUCUGCUUAUAACAAAAGAGGAAGGCUUGGAGCUGUAUGAAGACAUGGUAUUGGGUAGGUCUUUUGAGGACAUGUGUGCUCAGAUGUAUUAUAGAGGCAAGAUGUUUGGGUUUGUUCAUCUUUACAAUGGCCAAGAAGCUGUGUCAACUGGGUUUAUCAAGCUUACAAAGAAGGAAGAUUCUGUGGUGAGCACUUACCGUGAUCACGUACACUCCUUGAGUAAGGGUGUCCCUGCUCGUGAGGUGAUGAGUGAGCUCUUUGGAAAGGCCACUGGUUGUUGCCGAGGCCAAGGUGGUUCAAUGCACAUGUUUUCAAAAGAGUACAAUGUGCUUGGUGGGUUUGCAUUUAUUGGUGAAGGGAUACCAGUAGCAACAGGUGCAGCAUUCUCCUCUAGAUAUAGGAGGGAAGUGCUGAAACAAGCAGACUGUGAUCAUGUGACAUUGGCCUUUUUUGGAGAUGGGACUGCUAAUAAUGGCCAGUUCUUUGAGUGUUUGAACAUGGCAGCAUUGUGGAAAUUGCCAAUUGUUUUUGUUGUGGAGAACAAUUUGUGGGCUAUUGGAAUGUCACAUUUGAGGGCUACUUCUGAUCCAGAAAUUUGGAAGAAGGGCCCUGCAUUUGGUAUGCCUGGUGUUCAUGUGGAUGGGAUGGAUGUUUUGAAGGUGAGGGAGGUGGCAAAGGAGGCGAUUGGAAGGGCCAGGAGAGGAGAAGGGCCAACAUUGGUGGAAUGUGAAACAUACAGGUUCAGAGGACAUUCAUUGGCUGAUCCUGAUGAGCUUCGUGACCCUGCUGAGAAGGCACACUAUGCUGCCAGAGACCCCAUCACAGCCUUAAAGAAAUACAUACUUGAGAACAAUUUGGCCACUGAACAAGAGUUGAAGGCCAUACAUAAGAAGAUUGAUGAGUUGGUUGAGGAUGCCGUUGAGUUCGCAGAUGAGAGCCCACUUCCACCUCGCAGCCAGCUGCUCGAGAAUGUGUUUGCCGAUCCAAAGGGUUUUGGAAUCGGCCCUGAUGGCAGCUACAGAUGUGAAGAUCCUAAGUUCACUCAGGGCACUGCUCAUGUCUAA